AUGGCAGCCGUUGAGAAUGUUGGUCGACGGUUUGUGGAUUUGGUUUCGGUGGUACCCCAGCCUCUUCCUGAGUUGGUUGUGUCUCACCGUGCGCCGAAAACUAAAGAUGGAGAGCUUUUCUUUCAGUUCUCCAAAGAGGAAAUAUUUCGGUUGGCUGAACCUUUCAGGUUCUCGAUUGUUUUGAAGUUCCUCCGCAAUAGGCCUUCAUUGGAUGCUAUCAGGAUCUUCAUUCGAAAUCGAUGGAGUCUUGAAGGUGUUCCAGUGGUUUCGACCAUGCGGCAUCCCAUAAAUGUUUUUGUACGCAUGGCUUCAGAGGAGGAUUGUAUGAGAGCACUGUCUAGGGAAGCUUGCGAUAUUGACUGGAUCCCAUAUUGUGCUUUCCAUUGGACACCAGAUUUUAAGGAGGAAGAACCAUCUAUUGUUCCGGUUUGGAUUGAAUUACCAGAUUUGCCUCCUAACUUUUAUCAUGAAUCUUUUCUUAAAAUUUUAACAAUCCCGAUAGGUAGAUUUAUUAGGCGGGAUAAUCCCACGCAGUGUGCGACUCGCACCGAUGGUGCGCGUAUUUGUGUGGAGAUGGAUGCUGCCAUUGAACCUCUUUCUCAUUUUUGGAUUGGGACUCCUGGCUUGGGGUCUAGCCGUAAGCAAGAUAUUGUGUAUGAAACGUUGCCUGCGUUCUGUUCUAAAUGCAAAAUUCAGGGGCAUAAUGUACGCACUUGUAGAGCUAGGAAAAAGAGACCAGAAAAUCUAUCUUGGGUUCGGCAACAAGAAACUGUUGUUGAAGACCAAGAACCUGUUGUUGAAGAGCCGAAAGAACCUGUUAUAGCAGAAGCUGGGGUUGCAGAUCAAACAAAGUUGGUUCAGGAACCCAAAGAGUUAACGUUUCCUUCAGUUACUGCGGAAAAAGAAACUGCAGAAAAUAUUACUUCGGAGAUUAAUCUGGUACUCAGGACUUCUGCAUUAGCUUUGUUGAUUGAAGGGUUGGAUGUGGAUAAAGAGCAUGGUGAGGUUCCUAAUACAGAGGGUUCUGUAGAGGCAAGGCAGAAUAAGGCAAGAUUGGAAAGGGUUGAUGUGCUGCAUGAUUCAGUUACUCUGCUACGGGAGGCGAAGGUGGCUACAGAAACUUUAGUUGGGGAUGGUUCUUUUAAUGAUUCGGAGGUGUAUACAGAGCAGAGGGUUGAUGACCAAAUGCAAGAGGAUGUUGUCUGUCUGGAAGAAGGGUCUCUUUCAGAUCCGGAGCCUGAUAUACAUGCUGAAGUUUUUCCGCAGAACAAGGACUAUCAUACGGAAACAGAGGAAGAAGCUGAAAAGAGGAAGGGACUCGGAACUUCUAUGGGACGUUUAAAGAGUUUGAUUAGUAAGUUUAAACCGAAGAUGGUAGUUUUGUUGGAGCCUUUCCAGAGUUUUGAUAAAGCUCAUUAUUACAUGCGGGCUCUUCACUUUGAUAAUGUAAUAUCUAAUGAUAAAGUUGGUGGGAAAAUAUGGGUCUUGUGGAUGAAUGAUCUGGUGGUGAAUGUUAUUCGGAUGACAUCGCAGUUCUUAUCUUUAAGUACAGUGGAGGGUGAUUUUCAGUUUUUGGGUAACUUUAUUUAUGCAAAAUGUAAUAUGAUGGAUAGGCGAAUUUUAUGGGAGGACUUGAGGUGGAAUAAUCUGAGUGAGGAUCCUUAUUUGUUUGCUGGAGAUUUUAACAUUAUUCAUUCGGAUUUGGAAAGGAGGGGUGGUAGAUCAAGGUCAAUAGCUGCUAUGGAUGAUUUUAAUAAAUGGAUUCAUGAGGGUGGUUUGAUUGAUUUAAACUCACAUGGUAGUAAGUUCUCUUGGUGUAAUGGUCAGCGUGGAUUAGCUAAAGCUUGGGCUAAACUGGACCGUGUUUUACUUGAUGCGAAUUUAAUGUCUAUUGUCCCUAAUGUGACUUGUUCGUAUUUGCCGAGGAUGACUUCGGAUCAUUGUCCCAUGUUAAUAGAGUUCCUUAAAGAUCCUUAUUCCUAUGACCCUUCUCCAUUUCGUUUUCAGCAAAUGUGGGUUGAGCAUCCAGAGUUUAUAGAUUUUGUUAAGAGUGUGUGGUCUGUUCCAGUGGUUGGGAUGGGGCUUUUUAAACUUGCUAAUAGGCUUAAAAGGGUUAAGGUGGCUCUUCGUGAAUGGAAUAAGCGGGUGUUUGGAAGGACCAAUGCUCAUAUUGCAUCUCUGGAAGUGAAGGUUGAGGGGCUUGAAGGGAGUCUGCAAAGAGAAUGGGAUAUAGAUGCCGAGAGGGAGCUUGUGGUGGCUUCUGCUGAGUUGUCCACUUGGAGACGUAGGGAAGAUAUCAGAUUAGCUCAAAUGGCAAAAAUAAAAUGGAAUAAGGAAGGUGAUAGGAACUCUAAAUUCUUUCAUGUGUGGUUAGCUAAUAAAAGAUGUAAAAGAAUCCAAGGAAUGAGAACUUCGGAUGGGAUUGAGUUUAAUUCACCGGAAGAAAUUCAUAAUGGUGCCGUGGAUUAUUUUGCGGAUUUUUUUAAAAAUACUAAUCAGUUAAGAGCAUUUCCGGAUUUAUCACAUUUGAUCUCGCCGGUUAUUGAAGAAGUGGAUUGUACCUGCCUUUGUUGUAUUCCUUCCUUGGAAGAAGUCAAGGAGGCUCUCUCUUCUAUUCCUAUAAACAGUUCCCCUGGGCCAAAUUGUUUUGGAGCAGGUUCUUUUAAAAGUUGUUGGGAGGUGAUUAAGAUGGAUGUUUUGGAAGCUAUAUCUGAAUUUUUUCUAUCUAAAAAACUUCUAAGGUUUUAUUCGGCUUCUUUUAUUGUGCUUAUUCCGAAAAUAGAUGUACCUACAGGUUUUCUUCCCAAAUUGAUAUUCCUUGAGCAAGGAGCUUUUAUACCUGAGAGAAGUAUUUUUGAGAAUAUUAGUAUUACUCAGGAAAUGGUUCAUUCCCUGAAUAAGGUUUCUCAUGGAGGCAAUAUUAUGAUUAAAGUUGACAUGGCAAAAACAUAUGAUCAGAUGGACAAAAGUUGGAUGAAUUUGGGUGACAGACUUGUAUCACCUGCAUAUGCUGAAGGGGUUAAUAAUUUCCUCACAAUGGCACGAAACCAUUCCAUGGAAAGUGAUCGCAUUCGAUGUCCUUGCCGUAUAUGCUGUAAUAACCUCUUCUUGCCUAUAUUUGAGGUGGAGAAUCACUUUUUCAUAAAAGGGAUCAAUCCAAAUUACACCCAGUGGAUAUUUCAUGGAAAGGAGGAAACACUCCCCACCAUUAACGAUGACACCGAUCCCAGGGUUGGAGUGGAAGACGAGUACAUUGAUGACAUGAAUUGUAUAUUAGAUGACAUACGAGCAGGCACAAUCGGAGAUGCUCCUGAAAACAACACUGCAUCGCCAACUCAUCCAUCAAUACCACAACCCUCUCCAAACUCAACUUUUGACCAACUAUUAGAGGUGCUCGACGUCCUCUUUUCGACGGCUACAUUAAAUUCUCAAAGCUGUCAUUCGUUGUGA